CGACUACUACUGCUGUUAGCGAGGAAGUAUCACCCGGGGCCGAGAUGACCAGGCCGGACGGGAUGGACAUCGACGAGCAUGAAUCAAGCGAGUCAAAGACAGCCGUCGACGACAACGAAUCGGGCAUAACAGACGCCUCACAUCUCUCCUCCGACCAAAUAGUCAAACUACUCAUCGACGAAUUCGGUUCGCUCACAGUAGACGAACACGACACGGAACAACUCAUCUGGGAAAUGGACGGCGCGUACCUGCAGGAGAUCGCAAUCCUUGGUAUAGUCCACCUCACAUCUCACCGCCUCGCGUUUCACGCUUCUUUACUCUCUACACGACCGGACCUCCUUCCGGAGAAGCAAAUUAUCCGAAGAGGACCUGUUACGAUUCAUCGACGCGGUUUGCGUAGGAAGCGGCGUGUGUGGCUCGAGUUGUCCCAUGAUAUGCUUACUUGUUUCCCGUCGAGUAAGGAGGAGGAUCGUAUGAGACCUCUGUGGUCUUGCUUGUUAUCCUCAAUCAAGAUGGUCUAUCCUGAAGACGAGGGAAACAAGAAGACUCUCAGGUUUGAGUUUGGUGUCGACAAGAUGUGCUCUACCAAUUCGCAUGCCGAGUUCGAUACGGAGGAAUCUGCGCGUGAAUGGAGACGUGAACUGCAAGGUGCAAUUUAUAUGAAUCGGCAUGGACGCGUAGAUUUUCUGUCCCGUAGAAGUGAGGAUGAGACGCGUGGCGUACAAAUCAGCAUACCCCUAAGUCGUGUCAAGAGUUUCUCAACGCGUAUGGCUCUGAAAUACGCGAACAUGGUUAACAUGGAGCUGUCUUCGGGUAGAGGACAGACAAGUAUUUCCGAGAGCGAUAUGGAAGGGCGAACUAUUGAGAUUGGGGUUGCGCGACAGACGCAUAGUUGGGAUGACUUUGGUAAACGGGUUGAGGCGGCGAGGGGACGGGAGCGCCGUGCUGGUGUACGAAUUCCACCCAAAGUUAUCGUCGAUUUUGGUGCGUUGAGUUUCCUCGAGCGAAAUCAGGAUGUGAGAAAGGUAGAGGAUAGCAAGGAAGAGGCAAUACGGAAUGCUCUUGGCCUUGGUGUAGAGACCGAGAUUUGGUAUACUCGUGCAAGUAUCGCUCGUAGCAUUGCAUCCACAGGGUAUCUUGCGAUUUCCAAGCACUACGUUGGGUAUUGGACGAAGUGCCUAUCCAUUAAAGAUGCGAAAUACCGCUUCCCGAUCAGCAAAAUUGCUGGUGCCCGUCCGAAUUACCGAUAUGUUCCGCGGGUCUUUGGACUGAUACUCGACUUGCGCGAACAUCCUUCCAUGUAUUUUGAUUUCUACUCGGAGGAACGACGUGACGAGGCAAUACGGCGAAUCACAGAUGCUGUCGAGGCUCAUCGCUCGCCUGCAUCCAUCGGAUCACCAGUCCGUAAUAAUUCCACUAGUACAAGCUCCGGCACAGGGACGAGCGCAACAACAGCCUCCAUGCCCGUCCCAGUCCCAACCGUCUCACACGUCCUCUCUCCACUUUCACGUACAAUCGACCGCGCAACUUCCAAACGCUUCGCAAUGACGGAUAUCCCAUUACUACCCAAAGUGAUUAACCUACCCGCGGGUACACUCCCGCGAGCAAGCUCGAUGCACUUUGUGUGUCUUACAAUUGGUUCGAGGGGAGAUGUGCAGCCAUAUAUCGCUCUUGGGCGGACUCUCCUUCAGGAGGGUCAUAGUGUGUCGAUUGUUACGCAUGCGGAGUAUAAGGAGUGGGUUGAGGGGUGGGGGAUUAGGCAUCGGACGGCGGGUGGAGACCCGGGUGCGUUGAUGAAGUUGAGUGUGGAGCAUAAGAUGUUUUCGCCUCAGUUUUUUAAGGAGAGCCUUGGCAAUUUCCGGACAUGGUUAGAUGAUCUUUUAGCAGAUGCUUGGGAACAAUGUAAAGAUGCAGACGUCCUUCUGGAGAGCCCAUCUGCUAUGGCUGGUGUACACAUUGCAGAAGCUCUCAAUAUUCCUUACUUCCGAACUUUUACUAUGCCUUGGACAAAGACGACAGAAUUCCCGCAUCCCUUCCUUAGUCCGCCCGUAGAAUUGGCUCAUUUUAAUGCUUCUACAUAUAUUCUAUUCGAUAAUGUAUUCUGGAGUGCGACUGCUGGACAGAUUAAUCGAUGGAGACGAAAUACUUUACAUAUCGGAAAUACGGACAUGGGCCAUCUCGCACAGUCCAAGAUUCCCUUCAUAUAUAAUUUCUCGCCUUCGGUUGUUCCGAAGCCGUUGGACUGGGGAGAUGCUAUCACCGUGUCUGGAUACUGGUUCCUCGACAACCCUGACUUAAACUGGUCACCACCGAGCAACCUUCUUCAAUGGAUGGAGAAAGCACGAGAAGACGAGAAGCCAAUCGUGUACAUCGGUUUCGGAAGCAUAACCGUACCAAACCCACCAGCGAUGACGCGUAGUAUCGUCAAAGCAGUAAAGAAGAGUGGCGUUCGGGCGAUCAUCUCGAAAGGGUGGUCAGCGCGAAUGAGCAAGUCCGAUGAGCCUGAGUUUGAGUUUCCGCCGGAAUGCUAUUCCAUUGACAAGAUUCCACAUGACUGGCUCUUUCCGCAAAUCGAUGCAGCUCUUCAUCACGGUGGCGCGGGUACGACUGGCGCUAGUCUACGUGCAGGUAUCCCAACGCUUGUCAAGCCAUGGUUCGGUGAUCAAUUCUUCUGGGCUUCACGUGUGCAGAAGAUAGGGGCAGGUCUGAGAGUGUCGAGCUUACAUUCGUCGGAGCUUGCUAAUGCACUUGUGAGAGCGACGACUGAUCGAGUGAUGAAGGAACGAGCAGCGGCUGUAGGUGAGAACAUUAGACAGGAGAGCGGCGUGCAGAACGCUCUGCAUGCUAUUUACACCUACCUUGAUCGUGCAGGGCGCGUCAGGACGACUCUAGAUUGAAUCGAAGUUAUUAUGAUUAAAUUUUAUUAUCCACUUGCUGCUUUACAAUACGCCGUUUUGUUGUCUGUGUUUUUUUCCCUUUAACAUUAGUGUUAUUCGUGUUCCAUUUUGUCUAUUUGUUGCAUUACCCUUUCUCAUAUCACUGUCGCCCCAUCACUUAUACGACGUACAAGCACUAUUUACACGUCUGUAU